UAAUUAGUUCCCCGCGCAAUCCGAUAACAAAGGUCAAUCUCGAACUUAGGGUUGCAACCUGCAAUCACCUAUGUUAAUGCCAUUUCCUCGUACACUGUUCUAUUCCUACUCUGUACUAUUACAAAACACUCCAUUCAUUCCUCUGAAACUUCAAGACAAUGGCCCUGCUUCAAUCAUCACUUUUCCAUAUAUCAAAUCUUUCGAUACCUCCAAACGAUUCCAACUCAAACAACACACUUUUAAGACACUCAAAUUCAUCAAAGUUUGUAUCUUUAAAUCAUUCGAUUGGGAAAACUGAUCAAAUUUUCAGAAUCAAAUGUACCGGACAAGAGUCCAUCAUCAGAACAGCUGAUGGAGGUGACGCUGGUAACGGAAAAGGAGGAUAUCCACCUGACAACGGCGGCGGUGGAGAUGAUGGUGAUUACGAUGAGGAAGAGUUUGGGCCGAUUGUGAAGUUCGAUGAGGUGAUCAAAGAGGCUGAAAAGCGAGGGGCGAGUUUGCCUUGUGAUAUGUUGGAAGCAGCUAAGACCACAGGGCUUCGGAGUUUGAUUCUUAGUCGUUACUUGGAUUUGCAGGGUUCAGCUUGGCCGCUGGGAUUUUUGAUGAGACAUUGCUCAAUGCUGAGAAAUCGAAUGCUUGCGGAUCCGUCGUUUUUGUUUAAAGUUGGAACAGAGAUUGUUAUCGACUCCUGUUGUGCAACAUUUGCAGAGGUUCAGAAAAGGGGAAAGGAUUUCUGGGCAGAAUUUGAGUUGUAUGCUGCAGAUCUUCUGGUUGGAAUUGUUGUUGACGUCGCAUUGGUAGGCAUGUUGGCUCCUUAUGUCCGAAUAGGCAAGCAGUCCUUUUCAAGCAGUUCUUUUGGACGCUUUCGACAUGCUUGUGGAGCUCUCCCUAGCAGCGUUUUUGAAGCUGAGAGGCCAGGGUGUAAAUUCACAUUACAGCAGCGCAUUGCAACAUACUUUUACAAGGGAUUCUUGUAUGGCUCGGUUGGAUUUGGGUGUGGCCUCAUUGGGCAGGGCAUUGCAAAUUUGAUAAUGACUGCUAAGAGGAGCAUCAAGAAGUCAGAAGAGGAUAUACCUGUCCCUCCUUUACUAAAAAGUGCUGCACUCUGGGGAUUCUUUCUGGCAGUUUCUUCAAAUACUCGGUACCAAAUUAUUAACGGGUUGGAGCGCUUAGUUGAAGCAUCACCUGCGGCAAAACGUGCCCCACCUGUUGCGAUGGCAUUCACAGUGGGUGUUCGCUUUGCUAACAAUAUUUAUGGUGGGAUGCAGUUUGUGGAGUGGGCUAAGGUGAGUGGAGUGCAAUAGGAGAAUGUGUUGUAAAGAAUAAAUUUUUUUCUUUCAGAUAUUCCAUUGUUCAAUUUUAUAGGAUCGUUCAAUUAGAUAGUUUUUUAAUUAAAUUCUCACCCAACACCUCUAUUCCUUCUUCUUCCUAGAACAGAAAAAAUAGUUUGGUAUGCAAUGCUUUCCUAGCAGACACUGAUAUUAUAGUAUCAAAAUCAGGUUCAUUUCUUGAAUAGAAAGCACCAAAUGUCAGCC